CACCUGCGGCCUGGCGGCAGGCUCCGUUGAGGCGGACUCGUCUAGUACGUGGUCGACCGCGGGGUCGGAGCCUGCCUCGGGGGCAUGAGCCGAGGGGAAGACGCCGAGGCCCAGAGUAUUUUAUAGAGAUUGAUGGAAGCAGAAACCAAAACUCUUCCCCUGGAGAACGCAUCCAUCCUCUCAGAGGGUUCCCUACAGGAAGGGCACCGGUUAUGGAUUGGCAACCUGGACCCCAAAAUCACAGAAUACCACCUCCUGAAGCUCCUCCAGAAGUUUGGCACAGUAAAGCAGUUUGACUUCCUCUUCCACAAGUCAGGUGCCUUGGAGGGACAGCCUAGAGGGUACUGUUUUGUUAACUUUGAAACUAAGCAGGAAGCGGAACAAGCCAUCCAGUGUCUCAAUGGCAAGCUGGCUCUGUCGAAGAAGCUGGUGGUACGAUGGGCCCAUGCUCAAGUAAAAAGAUAUGAUCAUAACAAGAAUGAUAAGAUUCUUCCAAUCAGUCUUGAGCCAUCCUCUAGCACUGAGCCCACUCAGUCUAACCUAAGCGUCACUGCAAAGAUAAAAGCCAUUGAAGCAAAGCUGAAAAUGAUGGCAGAAAAUCCUGAUGCCGAGUACCCAGCAGCACCUGUUUAUUCCUACUUUAAGCCACCAGAUAAAAAAAGGACUACUCCUUAUUCUAGAACAGCAUGGAAAUCUCGAAGAUGAUGGUUAUGAAUCACUGUAGCAGCAAAAGCAAAUUGGUCUCCACACCUGAAACCCUUUGCCUUUGUACUUUGUAGAUGUGACUGGUACUAUCCAACAGAGCACCACCCCAUGUUAGAGUUUGGUAAAGUGACAUAUUUGGCUGUUCCCAUGGAUGUUUCUACCCUGAAGUAUGUGUGGAAUUGAGCAUCAUCCAGAAUAAAUAGGAUUGUUUCCAAAAUUGUGAUUUGAACACUGGGAUGCUCUAGUUGGCUGGUUUGUUUGGAUUUAUAACUCCAGAAACACUAUAUGGUGUGCCAGAGAGAAAGGCAAACAUUAAAAAUGUUAUUAUUUAGAUCAGGAAACUAAAGUUAUUAUCAUCUUUUAAAAAAUGGAGCAUUUUUCU